AUGCAAGGCACUUCAUCUUCCCUGCUGAAAUUCGAACUCCGUGAGAUCCGCUCUUUUCGCGGCUUUGCAAAAGAAGAAUCUUUAGGGCUUCCACAAGUAUCAGACCCUCUGUUUUCCUCGAUCAUAUGCCUCGAAGAACCUGAUACCGCUACCGAGAAAGUGGAAAUGUUGGCCUACAUCAUUUUUUGGACUUUGCUCAAACAAAAGUAUUCGGAGAAUAUCAUCCGACAUACCGACCACAUCUCCAAAGAAGCACCAGUUAUCCUUCCAGUCGAACAGCCAAUUGCCAUUCUACAUGACGAGCAACCGCUUACCUCUAUAAAUGUCGAUGGAGUUCCCAAUUUCCGUGGGUUUGGUGGUUAUCCAAUCGCACAUGGUAAAGAACAACAAACCCGAAGGAGGCUUCUAUAUCGCUCCGCACAUCCAGGCGGGUUGAGUUUUACCGGCAUACAACGUUUGAAAACAUUGGGAGUCAAGACUAUCGUCAACCUUGCAUCUCAUAACGAGGCGACAGUACCAUGGGAGAUACCGCGGAAGACUGUGGAGAGCGAAGGGUUUAUGUUCUUAGACUGGCCCAUUGAAAGAGAUUCCUUUUCAAUCGACCAGCUUCUCCGGAAAUACGAAUCUUAUAAAAUUGAUGGGGCAGUUUCCGUUUCUGAAAACUAUUUACGGCUUCUAGUCAAUGGAAGCGAUGUCAUACGGCGGAUAUUUCUUCUUUUGAAGGAUGCCAAUGAAGGAGUGCUCAUACAUUGCACCCUUGGAAAAGAUCGGACGGGAAUGGUCUUUGCUGUCUUUCUUCUCCUUGCCGAGGUUCCCGAUGCAGUCAUUAUCCGAGAAUAUGGCUUCAGUACAUCUGAACUCUCCGGUUACGUGGAGAGGGUUGAAAAGUACUUGAAAAAAGUCACAAAAAUACACGAUGAAGCAAUCAAGAGGAAAGCCGAAGAUAUUGUUUCUGCAAGAGAGGAGAAUAUGGCUGUAACAAUCAACACCAUCCGGACCGUGUAUGGGACGAUAGGGAACUAUCUGACCCAAGAAUGCGGGUUUUCUGACGAAGAAGUCCAUUUAUUUAGAUCACUUCUACUUUAUCCUGCUUCUAGGUAG